AUGACAAUGUGCCUCAAGAGUAGACUGUUUAUUCGUGAAUACCGGCCUGGCCAAACAUUUCCUGCUAAUUCGGACGUAGAUGCCCUGUGCAGAGACACCAUCACCAACGUGCUUGUCGAAUCGUUCAUGAAGGCAGGAACCAUAAAGAAACUGCUUAAUUUAAGUGAAACAACAUUGAAGCAGAUUGUGAUAGGCCGUCUGCACCAGCUGGAAAUUCUCCCGGGCAUGGUAUAUCUGGCUGGCUUCACUCAGAUGGAACCAGACAGUCCUCUGGAAGACCUUCUACCUGAUGUCUCAGGCGUGACGUUUCGAACGGCAUUGGGAGUACCUACAGUUGCUGGCAUCGACGACCCAAAAUGCCAUCUCCUGGAGGAAUUGUUCGAGGUCUGUGGUCUUCAGGCGGGCCCAAUUCGAGGCGACGAGAGGUGCUUGCGCGUAAUGCUGGCAAGCGCACUCCAUUGCACCACGGCUGGCCACGAUCGAAUCCGCCUGAUUCUGCAAAUGGAAAAGAAGAGUAUUGAGGAUACCGUGAGGUUGGGCUACGCUGCCGUUCGAUCCAUCAACACGUCAGUAGUAAUCCAGGGAUUGAUUUGUGUUGCCUGCAGACGACGAGAGUUGGUGCCACCUAAUGUUGUCAAGCGCGCUGCUCUGCACAACGGCGGGACACGAUCGAACCAGACCUAUUCUACAAAUGGAAAAAAGCUCACAGAGGCGAUCACCAGUCUGACGCUACUCAACGCCGCAGCCGUUGGAACUACGCCGAAAGGACUCGGAAACGCUUACCCUCAAGCUGCCGCAUACCCAUUCGAUGGCAAUGAACAAUCGCUCUGCAGUAACCUAGCCUAUUCCUAUCGCACUACGCUCUCUCUCUCUCACCAAUCUCAAGCCGGCCUCGGCUCACCCCAAGCUCACAAUGUUCUGCCUUCACUCGAAUUUGGCUCGGGUUGA